AUGUACUCUGUGUUGUGUGUGGAUAUCAGGAUGUCACUGACCAUACAGCAAAUAAUUUUGGAUGCCAAGCGACUCGCAGGACGUCUUAAAGAGCGAGAAACAGAAGCUGAUGCUUUACUAACCGAAACCCAAACUGCUUACAGACACAUUCACACAAUGAAACAGUAUAAAGAAGAAGUGGACACUCUAAAUGAGGCAUCGCGAGAGCGUCCAAGGGGAGCCCUUAUUGCCAGUAUUGAGAGAGAGUCUCGGCUAAUGCGAGAUGUUCAGCGGGAAAAUGGCGAACUCAGAGCGGCACUAGAAGAUCACAGACGAGCAUUGGAAUUGAUCAUGUCCAAGUAUCGACAACAUACUGAGAAAAGAAUAUGGGAGUCGAGAAUAGACUUUACAAAUGCUAUAAAUGAGAAGCAACAAGAGUUGAUUCGACAACAAGCAGAGAGGAUCAAUGAGAUGACCAGCAUCAUGUACAAAGCGGUCAAUGUGGAUGACAACAGUGACGCUAGGAAAGAAGAAGAACUGUACCAAAGGCUCAUUACAGAAAAUAAGGGUUUGAGAGAAAUGUUGGAUCUGUCCAGUAGAUACGGGUCGGACCGCGCCACCGCGCCGCCCACGGAGGACAAGGACGUGCAGACAGACGGGCCGCCGCUCACAGGCGCGUGA